AUGACCAACCUCGGGGCGCCUCUGUCCAAAACGGAGCUCGCACUGUUUAAUCAGCUUCUAGCCAACGCAGUCCAAAAAGUGCAAGAGCAGCUCUCAGAGUUGAAUAUCAAAGUGCAAGAGCAGCCCACUGAGUUGAAAGUUGACUUGACCUGCUCUGCAAGAACAACGCAAGCCCUUCGCUGGUUGUCAGAACUCGUGCCAGAAAGUACCGUCGAAGAAAAAUACGAAAGCGCCAUCCAACUCGUGAAAGAUGAUAUGAUGGCGCACCAUGGGGCGUUUCAGAAAGCUUUGAGGGGGUUCAACUAUCAACACGCUCUUCAGCGCUACCGGGCCGUGCAGACCUUUGAUACGUUUGCAAGGCCAGCCGAGCACUCGUAUUGGUCUUGCUUGCCAGCAAGUGUAGCGAGCAGUGCGGCAGAUCUUGCCCCUCCCUCAUUCAAUGAGACACCAGGUACCGAGCCUUCAGCCGCUCAGCACAAGCCUGCUGACCCUGAUUUGGGUUAUAAGGCGAUGAUGUCGCGUCUUCAGACAGCAUUGCAGGAGCACGGAGAUCAGCUACUGGCCAAUUUGGCCAAGUUGCACAAAAAUUGCUUUAGCGCGGACGCGAAAGAUGAGUUGAACCUGUGGAAAAGGUUUUGGUACAAUGUGGGCCCACUGCAAAUAUUAAGCACCAAGCAACUAAAUGAGCUCAGCCACCAACUGCGCGAAUGCGGUCUGAAGCACGUCACCGAGAUGAAAAACAUUUGCGAAGAAAAGCCGGCCAUGGACAUGGACCCCAAGGCCUUGAACACGCUUGUGGAUCAUUUGGCCACAUUGCAGCGCGCAAAAGAGUUUGAGGAUUUUGAAAUUGAUUCCAGCUCGAUGCUGGAGUCAGCCGAGACGUCAGUGGAGAAGUGGCAAGAAGCAUUUUCCAAACAGGCCGAUUCCUUUCUAGAUGAUGGCCCCUUGGACUUGGAUUCUGAUAAUGCUGUGCGCAAGCUGGGAAGUAUAUGCACUAUCCUUCAGAGCUUAGCUGCGCGCCCCGAAGCCCUUCACCUGCCCCCAUCAAGCGGUGAAAAAGCCCAUAAUCUUGGCGCGAAAGCCAAGACGGUUGUGCAAAUUCAGGUUUUGAUGCCUUUGCAAGAGCUCUUGACGCCGAACAACGAUCUGACCAUCAACAGCGAGACAGGCCCAGCUGCUGAGAUUGCGUUGAAGAAGCUGAACAAGCUGAGCAGUUACGCACCGCUAAGAUCCAUGCUGGAAACCGCCCAUGAAACUACAAACCUUGUUUGUCACGCCAUUGAACGAAGGCUAGAGCAAGUCAGUCAAGAUCUGGAGGACCUCAAGCAAGGACAAUUCAGCAAGGGGUUCCAGAAGCUAGCAUCUGCGCUGCAGCAGAUCGAGUGGACCUGCUGCCUUGAUGACCAACUUGAGGCUUGGGUUGGCAGCCGUGUUGGGGCAUCCUUACCAAACAGCGGGUCUUUGAUGACACAGGCCAAACAAACUCUCGAAGAUACUCUUAGCAAGCACUGCGACGAGAUUGUCGAGGGCCUCAAGCCAGAGACUUUGAGCAUUCCAGAUGGUGCAUUGCAGCUGUUGGCGAACUCACACUCCCUUCGUGUCAUGCACGAGCAGCUUAUGAAUUUGAAGAGCAAAGUUGCAAACCUUCAAGCUUCUGCCUCGCAAUCCUUGUUCGACGUGGACUGGACUAUGAUGAAGCGGCAGUUGAGUGCAGCCGGUGACCGUGUGCAGAAGUCUUUGGAUGCACACCACUUGCACAACGAAAAGCUAUAUUUCUGGUCCAUCGUCGCCUUCGUCCUGCUCCUCGCUGAUGCGGGACUGUGGUUCUGGCAGCCGCACGAAAUGUUUUUUACCGAUCGUGCUUUGCAAACUGCGUGUAUCGAGGGCGAUGUACAGCGUGUCGGCUCCAUUCUUGAUGAUGCUGUGUAUCGGAUGGCACACGACGACAAGGCUUUCAUGAGGGCUAAGUCCAAUGCUGAGAGCUACCUGGUCGGGGCUGUACGUGCCAUUGAGAACCGACUUCGUAACGUUUUGAGAAGCGACCCACUGGAAGCAGAGGCGCUAGAUAUGAUGCAGGCCCUCACCCAAGAUAAGAACAUCUGUCGACACUUGAGGCGUCUGGUUGACAAACACAACUUGCAAUCUCUGGGUCAGGCGCUUCUUGCGACGGAAAAGGCUUUGGAAAAAGCCCUCAUGCAUUUGAUCGGAAUUUUACUUCAACGUCUUAACGUCAGCCUCCAACGCCGAGUUUUAUAUUGGCUAAUGCAGAGUUUCAAUUUCUUCGGGCUUGGCCAAGUUGCCGGGUUGAUAAGUGUCGUCUGA